AUGGCUGGCCGCACGGUCUUCUUGCUGAGCUCGCCGCAGGUGCUGCGCAGCCAACCGACGGUGGUCGAGUUGCUGCAACCACUGGCCGCCCGGUGGGUGGUCUUAGAGGUGCCGGACGGUGAGUCCGCCAAGCAGCUUGAGCAGGCCGAGCGGCUGUGGCACGAGAUGCUCGAGGUCGGCAAGCGUGACAGUCGAAUGGUGUGUCUCGGCGGUGGCAGUGUCGGCGAUCUCGGUGGCUACGUCGCCGGCUGCUUCUUGCGCGGGAUCGAGUUCGUUCAGUUGCCGACCACUUUGUUGGCUCAGGUCGAUGCGUCGAUCGGCGGCAAGACUGGGGUCGACCUACCCGCGGGCAAGAACACCGUCGGGCUGUUCCAUCAUCCGGCCUAUGUCGUUGCCGACACCGGCUGGCUCGGCAGCCUCGAUCAAGCCGAGCUGCGGGCCGGCCUGGCCGAAGUGAUCAAGAUGGCUUUCGUGCUCGACCCAUCGCUGCUGACCCAGGUCGAAGAACAGCUCGAGAGCUUGCUGGCCGGCGACCCGGAAAAGCUGGCGCCGGUGGUGGCCGGUGCGGUGGCGGCCAAAUGCGGAGUGGUGCAAAGCGAUCCAGCCGAGGGCGAUCGGCGCCGGCUGCUGAAUUUCGGCCAUACCCUGGCCCAUGCCAUCGAGGCCGCUUGCGACUACCGUGGCAUGCGGCACGGCGAUGCGGUGUCUUGGGGCAUGUUGUUCGCCCUCCGGCUGGCCGAGCGCCGCGGCCUAGCAGCCGCCGAUGCCGGGCGCCUGCGCACCCUGAUCGGCCGGCUCGGCUUGCCGCCGUUGCCGAAGCUCGAUCCGCCACGGCUGGUAGAGCUCAUGGGGCGGGACAAAAAGGCAACCGAGGCCGGCCUGGCGUGGGUGCUGCCGGUUCGGGUCGGUGCAGGGCGGAUGGUGGCAGAUGUGCCGGCGGCUGAAGUCGAGGCCGAGCUGCGGGCCUUCCUCGGCUGA